AUGGCGGCUUCCAUCUUCAGAAAUGCAGGACAGAUUCUCCUCCCUGUGAAGUUCGCCAUUUCAAGAAGGUUAUGCCUUGCUUCUCAGUCUCCUCCCCAGCUCCAUGGAUUCUCCAACUUGGACUCCCUCGUUUCCGCUGUAAUCACUGCGGUAACCUCCUGUGCAUCUAUCUCCAACUGCCGUUCGAUUCAUUGCAAGGUGAUGAAAUCACUGAGUUUCAGCCAUGGGUUCAUCGGGGAUCAGUUGGUCUCCGCUUACUUAAGGUUGGGUUUCACAAAAGAUGCAUGCAACAUGUUCGAUGAAUUGCCUGACAGAGACUUGGUCUCGUGGAAUUCCUUCAUAUCCGGGUUCUCGCGCAGAGGGGAUCUCAGUAACUGCUUGAACGCCUUCUCAGCCAUGAAGCUUGAAACAGGAGUCGAAGCAAAUGAAGGUACGAUCGUUCCAUUAAUAUCCGCAUGCACUGAGACGAGAGCUCUGGAUAUUGGUACAUACAUUCAUGGAUUCAUCCUGAAGUUUGGAAUGCUUCUCGAGCUCAGAAUUGCUAACGUUCUGAUUAACAUGUAUGGGAAGUCUGGCUAUUUAGAUGGUGCAAGUGGAUUGUUCGAGGCAAUCCCAAUUCCAAAUUUGGUCUCCUGGAACUCCAUAAUUGCAGUUCAUGUCCAAACGGGAAAGCCAGAGGAAGGAAUUGGGUACUUUAUUCGUUCACGAAGAGCAGGGAUCAAACCAGAUCAAGGCACUCUAAUCACAACACUUGAAGCAUGCGAAGAACUCGGUUCAGCCAAGCUGGCAGAGGCUAUCCAUGGCUUCCUCUUCAUUACAGGUCUUGACUCGAACCUAACUCUAGCUACUGGAUUAUUGAGCUUGUAUUCCAAACUUGGUUCAUUGGUCGCUUCACAGAAGGUUUUCGGCCAUAUUAGAAAUCCUGAUUCCAUAGCAUGGACUGCCAUGCUCGCAAGCUAUGGAGUUCACGGGAAAGGGAAAGAAGCUGUGAAAACUUUCAAGCUGAUGGUAAAAGAAGGUGUAGCUCCUGAUCAUGUCACUUUCACUCACUUGUUGAACGCUUGCAGCCAUGCAGGUCUUCUGAAAGAAGGUAAGGCCUACUUCGAGGUUAUGACAUUGAUCUAUGGGGUCGAACCAAGGGUCGACCACUACUCGUGCAUGGUUGAUCUCAUGGGUCGAGCCGGACUUCUUAGUGAUGCUUACAAGCUCAUUAUAAGUAUGCCAAUGAAGCCAAACUCUGGCGUCUGGGGAGCUCUAAUGGGUGCCUGCAAGAAGCACAACAAUAUCGAACUUGGGAAGGAAGCGUUCGAUAAUAUGCUCGCUUUGGAACCUUUGGACUCGAGAAACUACCUCUCUUUAUCAAAUAUGUACUCUUCUGCUGGUCUACGGAAGGAAGCCUCCGAAGUGAGGGGAUUGAUGAAGAAGAGAAGUGUCAUUCGAAUCCCCGGUUCAAGUUGCAUCGAGCAUGAGAAGCGAAUCCACCGGUUUGUCUCGGGCGAUCGGUCUCAUCCUUUGGAGGAAGAGAUAUCAAAGAAGUUGGAGGAGCUUGUAAAGAAGGUUAGAGGAAGUGGGGCUUGGGCAAGAACAGAGUUCGUUCUGCAAGAUGUUGAUGAUGAGGAGGUGAGAGAGGAUAUGAUCAACAAGCAUAGCGAGAAGCUAGCCAUUGCAUUUGGUCUUAUGGUGAGUGCCAAUCUAAGAAUGCCUCUGGUCAUCACCAAGAACCUCAGGAUAUGCGGGGACUGUCAUGAAUUCGCAAAGGUCGUGUCGAGGCUCGAGGGUCGCGAGAUCAUCAUUCGAGACACGAAGCGGUUUCAUCAUUUCUCCAAUGGAUCGUGUUCGUGCAGAGACUACUGGUGA